AUGGUCAGCAAGUCUGCCAAUAUUUUCUUUAUUGUAUAUAUUGUCCUAUUACCUCUAUAUUGUCUUACUCUAGAUAUUUAUUGGGCCGUUCCAAGUCAACAAUGCCUAAACAAAACAAGAAAACCUAUAGAACCUCAAAAAUUUGGAAUUAAAACAAACAAAAAUCAAAAGUUUCAUGGAACUGAGAUUGUAAUAUUUUAUGAACACCAACUUGGAUUAUAUCCCUAUUUAGAAUUUAAUGAUUUAGAAGAAUCUACAAAUGAUGAUAAUUUAGAGUUAAAUAAAACGUUAAUUGUUAAAUAUAUUAAUGGUGGUCUACCUCAAGUAAAAAUUACUAGUCUUAACAACAGAGUACCUUAA